AUGCUUCCUUUUCCGUACACCUUUUCUUGGCCAGCGUACUUCGGCGUGACUUCCGCCGCUCCAUUGAGCCCUGUAAGUCCGCCAGUUUUAGUAAAUGUCCCGGGGAUCAGACAUUUCACUACUGCUCUCAGUCAGAAUAAGAACCACGAUAAAAAGCCGUCGUUCACUAUUGAGGCCAUCCUGGGACUAAGUAGUGACGGCUCCCGCCCCAAACAGCCGUCUUUAGCCGGACCAGUUCGCGUCACGCGGCACGAGCGAUUGGAAGGUACCACUCCCUACUCUACAAACACAGAAGCGGCUCGAAUAAAAACAUCGAAACCAGACGUUGGCAAGACUCACAGAGCAAAGACUGGCUCCGCUAAACAACCGUUUGCCAACCCUAUGGAACACGAAACAGACAGCGCCGGCAGUAUCAGGCCGAAACCAGCGUGCAAAGCUAAGCGUGUGCGUACCAUCUUCACCGCUGAACAGCUGGACCGGCUGGAGACCGAGUUCGAGCGGCAGCAAUACAUGGUAGGGCCGGAGAGACUGCAGCUGGCCUCGGCGCUCAACUUGACAGAGGCCCAAGUGAAGGUGUGGUUUCAAAACCGACGGAUCAAGUGGCGAAAGCAGCAUUUUGAUGCACAACAUGCCAAGUUGACCAGACUGCGACAAGAGGCUAGUCUUGACCGUAACACUGAUACCGAAGAUUCCAUGGAAACAAUCAACACUAAUUUUCUCGGCGCGUGUAGUGAUCAGAUCAGUGAUACUAACGUACAUCAGUGACUGUAACUGUUGCGAAUAAAGAAACAAUAUCUGAAUCUGUGAUCCGGUGUACUCGUCGUCAACCCUGGUUAUAUGAUCAUCAGUGCUCAUUUCAGAUCUC